CAUGCAUUAAAGAUGGCUGCGCCCAUGGAAAAUAUGAUUGUUUUGACGGUUCUGGCUUUUAUAAGCCUCACUGCGGGUUUUGAAGAUGAAUUUGAAGGCUCUCGAACACUAAGUUUGGAACAUUCUUUCGAUCAAGGCCUUGAUCCUGUGUUUACAAAGCGUGGAACACUCGUCAUCAAAUCUGUCCAGUCUAAGAGGGCCACGUUUUCUCAGAGUGCUCCUCUUUCCAAGGAUGAUAGACAGCUUCUCAGGAGCACUGUUGAUGAUGAUGGAAUGUACAGGGUGCGGAUUCCAAUUCGAGAGACAGAGGAGGGAACUGUUUAUGUCUCCAGCUUUACAAGGGCUUGUGCAAUAUACGAAUCAUCCCUGAGUGACACAUUGAUAGUUUCCGUGGACCAGUCAGGAGAAGUAUUAGGUGUUUCCAUGGCAACCACAGGUAACUGUGAGGGCUUACAAGUUCCGACAUCAAAUCUGACAGACUGGAGAACAAGAGUGGAACUCUCUGUUACAGUGACUGGGCCAGCACCUGAUACACAGAGCUACAUUGAGAAACUGAAGCGAGAAGAGCAAGAGAAAACCAAAGGUGGCAAGUCAGAUGACCGAUCAUUCUUUGCUAAAUAUUGGAUGUACAUUGUGCCGUUCGUGAUCAUUAUGUUUGUUAUGCAGUCUAUGGACCCAAACCAAGGUGGCGGUGGGGGAGGUGGCAGUUAAUAGAAAAAAUAAUUAGGAUAAAGAUUGUCUGUUUUUCAAAGUAUUUUCAUAUAAUUGGUGAUGUCGUUGGCAAGUUUUUUAGUACAACCCUGGCAUAUUUAACUUACUAGGCUCAAAGGUAGAAAAUGGUUAUAUUUCACAAUUUUUGAAAGACUGAAAAUGAGCAAGGCCCACAACUCCAGCUUUACGAAAAGUCAGUUUAUCUUACGCCCCUUUAUUGAUGAACAAACAGACCAGCAUUGAUAUCUGUCGACUGUGCUCUUGUCUUAAGUUAAAUUACAUCAUCCAAUAUAUGUUUCCAUUUAACAAUUCCAUUAAUAAAAUCAUGUUAUAAGGUACCUGUAGUUAGUCAUCCAUUUUGUUCAUAAGGGAUUAAAGAAUGAUCGAGUAUUGUCGAAAAUUGAUCUUUAAUGAUUGAGGUCGAUGAUAAUCAAGUGCUUUAUCUCGGAGUCAACUAUCACUAUUUAAACAUAUUCUCUAAAAAAAGGAAAUGUUGUGGACAAACAGUAUAAGUUGUUUUUUGUUUUCAGCUUAACUUUUCAACCUUAACAUGGAAAAAUUAAUUCCAAAUAACAAUAUACAGCAUGAUAAUUGCUUUUAUUCAAUGAUAAGAACUCUUGUAAACAUGAAAUAAUUCAGCUUUCUGUUCUUUUAUAGUUUAUAUAAAUGGUUGAUAUUUCUAGAAACUUCAUUUCGAUUAUACAAUCUAAAAUUUAUCAAAAGGCUAUGACCGAUUUUUUUCAAACGAUCAAUUAGGGUAUGAAUUUAAACCUAUUUUCAAUCCACUGUUCAUAUUUAUAUGUGUUCAAUGAAAUAAUGUUACUGUAUUGCACUUUCAUAAUAUAACAAGGUACAACUGUAAUGUGCUGAGCCCUCGAUGAGCUUAAUAGAAUUGUCAUGUAAUUUCCCCUUUUUGUCAACUUUGAUGUAAAUCGUCUUAUUUAUAUUCGUAUGUGUGUAAACAUUUUUGUCAUGUAAAGUAUGUUUAAAUAUUUCCACUUUAUUUAUAAAUAUUCAGAGUAUACUAGAAAACUGCUCUGUAUGAAUUUCACAUUUUGCAAAAGAGGUUGGGAAACACUACUUGUAAGAACAAAUUGCUUGUGAACUACUUUUUGGGUGCUUAACGUCAUUCAGGUAUCUGUAGAAUAUACGGUGUAAAUGAGUGUAAGGUUUUAAAUGCCAGUCAAUAUGGAACUACUUUUUGGGUGACACGUCAUCCAAGUUUGUAAUCUAUAUGUCAGUCGGAACUCCUCGGCCAUUUUCAUUGUAUAUUUAGAUGGAUGGUUUACAAUGUAAGAAUUCUUUACCUUUUACUGUACUGCAAGUAGAUUGCGUAGUAAUUUCAAUUCAGCAGCUAAACCUCAGAACUUUACUCUUCAGAAAUAUUAAUUAUUUAUGCGAUAAUACACUUCGUAGGUAAUCAAUUUGAUCUUAGUUGAUUUCACAUUAAAACACUACAUUUAUUCAUAUUAUUAUUAUUUAUUUUAUGAACUACUUCUACUGAUGUACCCACAUAUAUCUGACAGUGUUUUUAAUGGAAUAUGGCUGAGAAGUUCCGAUUGUUUAAAUGAAUGUAAAGUUAAAAACACCCAGUAAAUAUUGAUGUAACAUGUGCUGGAUCUAUGUUACCGGAACACAGGAAUAUAAUUUUUUAUGUGUAGGCUGGUGCAAAUCAAGUUUAAAUUUUUUGAUUCCACACAUGGUCACACCUGUAAUAAAAUAUACUUGUGUGAGAUAGCCACAUGUACAAAUAAAAGUGCAUUAAAUGUUUUGCAACCAGAACCUGCGUAUUUUUUAAUAAGAUACAUGCAUGUAUAUAGUAACGUAAGAGUAGAAUCUGUCAUAGAUUUUAUCUUCCAGUAGAGUCAAUGAAACAUUAUUGGCCCCAUUGUUUCGAACUUUGUUAAAGUUAAUAUUUUGAUUAUCAAUAUCGUUUUCAACUUUUAAAAGCCAAACAUUUUAUGAUGUACUCAUAUGUUUAAAUAAAACAAAUACAGCUAAAACAGUUGUCUCAAAUUUUGUAAGGAAGACCAAGGUCACAAAGAUCUUAAUCAAACUGCCUAAUGUUUUCAAUACUGUCCAUUUUGGCUCACAUGUUAUCAUAACCAUUUAACUACCCUGGAAUUCAUUCAAAAUAGUUAAAGCAGCAAUUUCUGAAUUGUACUUCAUUUGUAACUUGUUACAUAAAUUAUAUGUUGGUUUGCAAGCAAGAAUAUUGAAAGAACACCUGUUUUAUGGCAUGGCAUAUAUGUCCUAUGUAUUGAUACCUGUGUGAAGUUAGAAUGUCAUUAAAUGUCAAAUGUGAAAUAAAGUACAAAACUACUCAACAAA